GACGGACAUCAACAUCUCUAUCUAGUAUUAACUAACAGAGGGGUAAAAUCGGAAGAGAUCGGAAAGGAUGAGCACCGGCGCGACGCAGGGACCGCACUCGCUCGCCUUCAGGGUGAUGCGACUCUGCAAGCCUUCCUUCCACGUCGACCCACCCCUCCGCAUUGACCCUUUCGAUCUUCUCGCCGGCGAGGACUUCUCCGACGAUCCCACUUCCGCCUCCUUGCUCCGACGCCAUUUGUCUUCUGCGGAGGGCGUCGACUCCGAUCUGAGUUACCGCAACAGAUUCCUCAUAAACCACCCAACGGAUCCAAUCGGUCUCUCAGGUCUUCUGCUUCUGCCGCAGUCAUUCGGGGCGAUCUAUCUGGGAGAGACGUUCUGUAGCUAUAUAAGCGUCAACAACAGCUCCACUUCCGAAGUUAGGGAUGUUACCAUCAAGGCAGAGAUUCAGACAGAGAGGCAGAGGAUUCUUCUGCUCGAUACGUCCAAGUCUCCGGUUGAAUCCAUACGCACUGGUGGCCGCUAUGACUUCAUUGUGGAACACGAUGUUAAAGAGCUUGGAGCUCACACGUUGGUUUGCUCUGCCUUGUACAAUGAUGCUGAUGGUGAGCGUAAAUAUCUUCCCCAGUUCUUCAAGUUUGUCGUUGCUAACCCACUCUCUGUCAGGACCAAGGUUCGAGUUGUAAAGGAGACUACGUUUCUAGAGGCUUGCAUUGAGAACCAUACAAAAGCAAACCUCUUCAUGGACCAAGUUGAUUUUGAACCUGCCAAGCAAUGGACUGCUCUCAGAUUACAUGACCCUUCCUCACAACAUCCCCCAUCCAGUGAUCUUGGUGGAAUAAUUCCUAAUCCGCCAGUUAUAAUCCGAUCUGGUGGGGGCAUCCACAACUAUCUCUAUAAGUUAGUCCCAUCUGCUGAUGUUUCUGGCCAAACCAAAUUCCAGGGAAGUAGUAUUCUCGGUAAAUUUCAGAUUACAUGGCGCACAAAUUUGGGUGAACCUGGUCGCUUACAGACCCAACAAAUUCUUGGCGCUCCAGUCAGCCGCAAAGAGAUUAAUAUGAGAGUUGUGGAGGUUCCAACUACUAUACACUUGAAUAGACCUUUUUCGGCAUCCUUGAAUCUCACAAACCAAACUGAUAGGCAGUUGGGACCCUUCGAGGUUUCACUGUCGCAAGAUGAAUCACAGAUGGAGAAGCCGGUUGCCAUUAACGGUCUCCAGAAACUGAAAGUCACACCGUUGAAACUCUUGCAGAUGUUACCAAGGCUUGAGGCAUUUGGCUCCAGUGAUUUCCAAUUGAACCUGAUCGCCUCCAAACUGGGAGUCCAGAAAAUAGGUGGGAUCACAGCCUUGGACACAAGAGAGAAGAAAACCUACGAGCUUGUUCCAGAGAUGGAGAUAUUUGUAGAGUCGGAUUAGUAAUCUUCCGAGUGAUUGUUAUUCCUCCAAAGGUCUUGUAAUUGCAACACAUGUGUGUCGUUCAAGUUUUUUUUGACGAUUAGUUUAAAAUAAAUUUGGUUUGGUUAUGCGCUUUUUAGAUGCAGAAAAAAAAGAAGUAAAGGGCUACUAACAUAUUGCAUCUUGUUGCGGAUUAUUUGCUUUUUUUUUCUUAAAAGUUGAUUGUUGGUUGUAAUUUGUUAAUCAUGUAUGCAGCACCCAAUGAAGGAUCAAUCUACAGACAUGAAAAAGAUGUAUUGGUUUUUUUU